CAUCUCCGGGACCAACCAAAACCGCACCGCCACCCUCACGCAGAGUCGCAGACACGACAAGCGAGCGAAAAGAGGGGGGAGUUUGGGACUUGGGAGCGGACGCACCGAAGCGAAGCAGCACUUGCGGCGGCGGCGAUGGCGACGACGAUGACGGCGAAGCGAGGCCCAAGCGGCGGCGAGAUGCGCGGCUCCGGCGGCCGCGCGCGCGCCUGCCCCGUCGGGGACGGAGAGACGGGCCACCCUGCCGCCGCCGCGCUCCGCGCCAGCCUCUCCACCAGGGAUCAGGAGAUUGAGGAAAUGCGGAGGCGGCUGCGGGAGUUGGAGAAGCUGGAGUUCGAGAUACCAUGUCCACCCGCCGCAUCGCAUGAAGAAGAAUCUGAAGCAGCAGCAGCAGCAACAGCUGAAAAGGCAGAGGUGGAUGCUCGCUCCAUCUAUGUCGGGAAUGUUGACUAUGCUUGCUUGCCAGAGGAAGUUCAGCAGCAUUUUCAGUUUUGUGGAACUAUCAACAGAGUGACAAUCUUGAUAGACAGCUUUGGUCAACCAAAAGGAUUUGCUUAUGUGGAGUUUGAUGAAGUUGAGGCUGUCCAGAAUGCUCUUCUUUUGAAUGAAACAGAUCUUCAUGGCCGUCCUUUGAAGGUUUGUCCAAAAAGAACAAACAUUCCAGGAAUGAAGCAAUCUAGGGGAAGGCAUCCUUUCUAUCCAUCAUAUGGGAAGGUACCGAGGUUCAGGAGGUUCCUGGGGUCCGGCUACAGCCCUUACUACUGAUCUUACUGGGCUGAUGUGAUUCACCGAUACAUUUAGUUUUCUAGAGCUAGCAAAUCUCCCCAACAUAUCGUGGUAUAGAGGUAUAGUUCCAGUGUUGUGCAUCCCGGAUAGGCAGGAAUCGGAAGACUCAGCCCUUACAUAGUUUCUUCAUUAUCGUACCUCCCUUGAAGAUCAAACUGUAAUAACAUCCUUCUACUUAGAAAAUGUGUUUUCUGCAAUUAUCUGAAAUCAACCGGAUUGGCAGAUGUUCAGGAACUAUAGUUUUGUUCGGAACCCUCUUUUUGACCAGACAGUUGCAAUGGAGUAACUCUAGUUAUGUGA